UAAUAUUGUUUCAGGUCUUUUAAACUAGUUUUCAUAACUAAACCAGGCUCAGAUUUAAUUAAGGGUAAACAUAUUGCUAACACGGUGACCAUAUGGUGGGUUUGUUGGACCUCUGAGGUGUUUAAAGGGAUAACGAUAAUGUUUACGGUGUUAGCUAAUGUAGCUAACGUUAACUAUCCACGUUAUAACUUCACGACUAGCUUGCAGGAUGUCUAAACUUGAACGUUUGAACGUUCGUAUAGCCAAGCUACUGACUGAAGCCGUGCAUGAAGUUCUGGAGGUUGUGAAGGAGACUGUGUCAGAGUACCAGGAGAAAACUGCCAGAACACAGAGAGAGAACGAGACUCUGAAGAGGCGACUGCAGGAGCUCCAGGACAGGAUAAAUAGAGAGAGCACAUCUAAAGCAGUUUGUGCCGUUGACGUGGAGCCGCCCUCACCUCCAGCUACCAGGAAGUGAUUGACACACACCUACUGGAGAAGCUGAAUCAGUUGCUACACUUCAGAAAAGUUGAGCUUUGAAUAACCUGUGAUGUUGAAAUGAAGAUUGAUGAAAAAAUUGUCAGCUAUUUUGAAUCUUGCGACUCACCUGUGGACAAAGAAGGGUACCUAUACAAGAAGGGUGAGAUAAAGACCUCCUAUCAGAAGCGCUGGUGUGUGCUGAAGGGGAACCUCCUCUUCUACAAGGAGCGACCCUCUGACCGUGACCUGAUAGGAGUGAUUGUUCUGGAGGGCUGCACCGUCCAGCUGUGCGAGUCCGAGGAGCAGUUCGCUUUCUCACUGGUGUGGAGCGAUCCGGGCCUGCGAACUUACAAGUUUGCCGCUGAGGACGAGACCAGUCAGGAGAGCUGGAUCAAAGCCCUGCUGUCAGCCAACCACAACUACCUGGCCCUGCUGGUGACGGACAUGGAGAACAAAUACAAAGACACACUUGUUACAUUCUCUGGUGAACGCUCUUCUACUUUCUAUCAGAGCACACAAACAUCAGCGCUGCAUUCAUACCCAGCACUGGCUGUGGUAACAGGAACCAGUAUGAGCUCCAACCCAGUGCUUCAUGCUCCAGCCGUUUCACCCAAAACAGCUGGUAUAAGAUCGCCCAAACUCCGGCACAAAGGGAAUGCAAAUGUGUUGCCUAUCAGUGCUCCUGCUCUGCCUGUGGGAGAGCGGUCAGGGAUCUGCUUAGGCAAGGAGGAAUUUAGUAAACUGCAUGAAGAUUUUGGAAAAGAGGUGAAGGAACUGAUUGCUGAAUGGUCAAAACAAAGACGAGGUGGUGCAGCUGCACAGGAAGAAAACUUAAUAGAUUUUGGAUAAUAAGCAUGAAGUAUACGCAGUGUCUAGACCUUCAGUGCUAUAAUCAUGGUUGUACUACAAAAGAAGCUUUUAUGUUUAAAAUUAGAACUAUAACUUUUAAGGUUAAGUGGUAUUUGUAUAUAUUUGCUGUUAACAGCAUACUGUUUAUUUUGUACAUAUAAUGCCAGAGUUAAUAAAUGAUCUAUGAUCUCCUGC